GACUACUUCUUGUUGGAGGAAUGCAUUCGGGCACAAACGUGGGAGGCGAAGCUCACGUUACCUCAGUGUGUUGUGAAACUUCAACUAUGACAGGUUGUGAAUGUGCCCACUGUAAUAUGGAGUAACUUGUGUCUUCUUGAAGUUGGAUAUCUUCGUAAAGCAUGCGACCAUUUUUGCACAGAGUUAAAGAUUCUUUGACUUUUAGAAGUGUAUCAGUGGAAUACUAAUCGAGUUCAAUGUCGGGCCAAUAUGGCCGCCGUGUUGUUGUCGGUCUGCUCUGCUUUCGUUGUUUGGGUGUGUUGUUCGGUACAACCCGUAGUGGCGGAAAGUGUUCGAUGUCCAUCUUCGUGUGCUUGUUUGGGGAAUAAUGUCGACUGCAGCAACAUCGGGUUGAUCAACAUCCCGAAAGACAUUCCAGUAUGGGCAACAAGACUAGACCUCAGCAGCAAUGACAUAAAGGUGAUCAAUGGCUCGGUGUUCAGAGAUCUCACGGGACUGCUCACUUUAACUCAGAACCAUGUGGUCAAGAUUCCCUUGACUGCCAUGUCGCGAAUGCCAGAGCUGUUGACCCUUGACCUGAGUAACAACUACAUCCUGAGCAUUGAGAAUGGAAGUUUUCAUGUGGGCUCCAAGCUGACUCAUCUGAAUAUGAAUGGCAAUCAGAUUGCUGCCCUGGACAUAGGCUGUAUGAGUAACUUGACCUUCCUGGAGACUCUCAAGAUGAACAAGAACAAGGUGAUGGAGUUGCCACAGGAAGUCUUUUCUGGCCUGAGCAGUCUGAAAACUCUAGAGCUCAUGCGCAACAAGAUCAAGGUCAUCAAGGGCUUGACGUUUCAAGGUCUCAAAGAGCUCCAAAGUCUGAAGCUAAAGAGAAACUCCAUCUCUGUGCUCAAGGACGGGGCUUUCUGGGGGCUGUCAAACAUUGUUAAUUUGCACAUGGAUCAUAAUGACAUCACCAACAUCACCAAAGGAUGGCUUUUUGGAUUGAAAACAUUGAAACACUUGUCUCUAGGCCAUAACAAAAUUUCCAAAAUUGAAGGGGAUGCUUGGGAGCCCUGCAAACAUUUGGAAAAAUUUGAGCUCAAUGCCAAUGAAAUCUCGUGGACAAUGGAGGAUGUGUCUGGAGCAUUCCGUGGUCUCACCAGCCUGACCACUCUGGGCCUGCGAGCCAAUGCUGUGCGCUCAAUCGCUGUCCAUGCCUUCUCAGGUCUACCUCGCUUGCGGCAUUUGCACCUUGAGGACAAUGAUAUUACAUCAAUACAGGAGAACGCCUUUGAGACCCUGAGAGACUUGCGUGAUUUGCAAUUCAAUUCCUCCAAGUUGUUCUGUGACUGCCAUCUGUCUUGGCUCCCACCCUGGCUCAAACAGAACGGCUUCCAACACUCGGCCAUUGGCGUCUGCUUCUACCCGCAACUGCUGCGAGGAGCUGCGUUGUCGCAGAUUGAUGUUGCUGAUUUCAAGUGCAACAAUGCCGAGUUCCCCAAGCCAGUCAUCUUGGAGAGUCCAAAAUCAGCCAAUGGUUCCAAAGGAGAAAACAUGACUUUGAAUUGUGUCACAGCUAUCACUGGAGACAGCCAACUCAGCAUUCUGUGGAAGAAAGACAAUGUGAUGCUGGAUGAGAUGCUGUCGGAGGUCACAGCCACCAGUGACGGGGAGGUGAAGCGAUUCACUUCACACCUGCACCUCAGGGACAUUGAGGACUCUAUGGCUGGGCGCUACCAGUGUGUUGUUUCCAACGAGUUUGGCAAAGUCUUCUCCCAACGUGCUUAUGUGAAGGUUUACGUGUACCCAAUGUUUCUGAAAAGGCCUAAAGAUGUGACAGUCAAAGCUGGGAAACCUGCAGAACUAAAGUGUGCUGCUACUGGUCAGCCAGCGCCAGUCAUCUCAUGGCAGAAGGAUGGGGGAGACAACUUUCCUGCAGCCAGAGAGCGACGUAUGCGGGUGUACCCCAACGACGACAGAUUCUAUAUUCUGAACACAAGGGUCGCUGAUGAGGGCAUCUACAGCUGUAUGGCAAGAAAUGAUGCAGGGGUUGUGAUCACAAAUGCUACCGUCACUGUUUUAGAAACCCCAGAUUUUGUGCAGCCCAUGCAAGUGAAAAAGUCCACCAAACGAGGAGAGACAACUGUGCUCCAGUGUAUGGCAUCUGGGAGCCCACAGCCCAAACUGACGUGGCUCAAAGAUGACAAGGAGCUGGUGAUGACCCCUCGACAUUUCUUUACUGUGGACAAUCAGCUUCUGGUGAUUGUAGACACUCAGUGGUCCGAUGCUGGUAUCUAUGCCUGUCGCAUGUCCAAUUCCUUAGGAACAGCGAAGGGUGCUACUGAACUUCAGGUUUUGAGUACGUCCGGAGAAGUUCAUGAGCCUGGCGGCAGUUCGUUUGGCCUUGAUGAUGAAUCCACUACGACUGGCAUCAUCAUCAUCGCUGUGGUGUGCUGUGUGGUGGGAACCUCUCUUGUGUGGGUCAUCAUUAUCUACCAGACAAGGAAAAGGCAUGAGGUGUACAGCGCCACACCCACAGAUGAGACAACUUUGCCGGGAGAAGUGCCGAGCUCGGGCUACAUGUCCUCUGACAAAGAGGGUAGCUACUCUCAGGGCCCCAUCACUAUGGGUGGUUACCAUUACCAAGAUUAUCAGAUGAAGGAGUCUGGCUACGAAUCCUCCUCCGGUCAAUUUCGAGCCAAUGGCUAUGCUCGUCCAGCCGUCUGCCCCAGUGAUGUGGAUGAAGAUGAUAACCACCCGCCAACACUGACUGCUGGAGAUAGAUUGCUGAGAAAAAUGAAUUCAGCCCACUCGGCAGCCAGCCUGCAGUAUCCAGGCAGUGAUGGUGACACCAUCGGCAGCCGCCACAGCACCAGCAGCGGUCAACACAGUGGCAGCAGCGACCCGCCCAGCAGUCACUCGGGCCACUCGGUCAGCCCCCUGGUGGUGGCCACUGCCCCAGCCUGUGACGACUACUGGAGAAACCCAUCGCCCGCUUUUCCCUCACCUGGCUCAGAUGAACCGCGGGAUUUUUCCGAGUCACAUGCCAGCCAGCUGCAUCAGCCGCAACUUUUAUCUCCGGAAGGGAGACCUUUAUUACAGACUUUUCACCCCACCAAAAUGUCUCACCAUGAAAAGCUCGGUACAGCAAAUACUCUUGGUAAUAAGGCGGGGGUUGGUUGGUCGCGAGGAGGCUCUAGGGGAGGGUUGGAGGGCGGUGGUCGUUGUGGGGGUGUGUACAGCAGACAGCGUCAUCAUAGUGAUUCCUGUGAUAACAGAGACAUUGAGUCGCCCAGCCCCCCGUUGCCUCAUUGUGCAGGCUGUGGGCACCACGCGUGGCCAGCCUCCACUACUGGGGCCAAUUCUAAUUCCAUGCAUGGCCAUCCAAAUGGCCGAACUGAAAUCCAUCAUCCGAGUAGUAAUCAUAUUCCGUGUCGUAUGCAUGAUGUGGACGCUGUAAACAGUGAUAAAAGUGACAGCGUUGGUGCUGGCAGCAAGAGGCAGCCCAGAAGUGAUAGUAAACCCCCUGUUAACCCUUCUUCAGCCAUCUCCUCUUCCUCGCAGGGGAGCGAGAGAAAGGGCAGGUCCCCGCCAACGUAUUCUGAAGUCUGUGGGAUCAAGGGGAACCCAGCAAAGGGCCACCACCCGCAGUCAUCUCGGAGUGGGGAAGGCCUGGAUAAUAGAGACAACAGUGCUGUCCAUGCUAGGCUGCACCACUACCACGACUCUGGCGGCAUGCACUGCAGUGAAUGUGACAAUGUGUAUCCCUUACCGUCGAAACACGCCACACCUUCUUCCUCAUCGCCACGGGUGGCCACGCCCACUCCAUGCUGCUGUGAGGUGAUGCGUGACCCUCACUACUGCCCUUCCCCCCACCACCCUCCCCAGCAUUCCUCGCGAUGCUGCGAAAAAAACAUGGAGCUGCAGGGACGACGUAGUGGUCCCCACCGUGGGCCUGUUUCGAUGCCACCUCACAGACACAAAGGUGGUGGGAAGAAGGUGCCGGUCAAGAUCGAGAGGUCAAGGUCAUCCAGUAGUGUGGGCCAGGAGCCCCUCUGUUACGCCCAGUGUGAUACAUACUCUUCUGCUGCGCAGCCUGACUGUGUCAGUUGUAGCUGCAAUGCGGAACACUCUUCUUUUUCUACCAGUCCCAUGUUCCAGUGUGCACACUGUCCCGAUUGCCAGAGCCAACGAGAUGUAGAGCAGCUGAACGCAGCGUACAGCCGGCCUCAUCGCAAAGGGACACCCUCCUCAUCAUCCCACAGCCAUAAUGUGAGCUGUGGCAGCACUAGCAAUGGCCACCAGUCCCCUAGUAGCGUGGCGCCUCCACCUUCUUCUCACACCCCUCCUCUUCACAGCAGCAUUCCAGCCCACAGCAACUCUACAUCAACACCUUUACCGUCAUCGUCAUCGUCGUCACCCUCGUUACAGCAGCAGCCCCAGCACAAAACGGGUUCCGAUGUGCGGUAGUGUUGCUGUUAAUUAGGACAAUCAGUUCUUGCUCUUUUAGUACUGGUCACUCCUAUGUUCUCUGUGUAUUGUAAUAUCGUCUGAGGCUUCAGAGUCGUUGUCUGUUUGGCAACAUUUCAAAAUGUGACGCAGUGUCUAAACUGUUUGAUGUUCUAGGUGUUAGAGGGGAAAAAAUUAAAGAUGAUGGGGAACCAGGAUGUUUUUGUGCUUUAUAGAUUGAAUAAGAUGGAAUUUCCCAGAUAGAAAAUAUCAUUAUCACCACAGUGAAAAGUGGUUUUUUAAAUGUUGUCUAUGAAGUUAGACUGUAAAUAGUCAAGUCUUUCACCCAUGGACUUUCCCAUCACGUGAACUUCCCUGAUUGUUUCGAUAAUUGUGCACUUACCAUUUUAUAAAAGUAACCCCUAGUGCAAGUGCUUUUCUCUACCAAUAUCUUUGACUCAAAAUUGUGACUUGCACCUCAUUAGAGAUGUUGCCUCUCACAGUAUAUUUUCACUCAUUUGAAGUCCAGAUUUCUCUUUAGGUUUUCACUGUUUUCGUUGCUGCUGUCAGGGUCUGUAGAAACUUUUUCAUUGACCGUGAUGGUUGCUGACAGUUGUCUAACACAGGGCAUUUAUAAGUUAAUUGGGAAUUGUUCAUCCCCAUUGUCAUGCUCUCAUUUCUUUUUGUUACUUUACAUCUGGUGAAUGUGUUGAUCACAUGACUAAGCUGCUGUUCUCAGAACUGUGCCUCUGCUUCUACUAUUCUCUGUUUCUUGCCUUGCCUUAAUUGUCUUUUAUACGUCUUUCAUUUGCUCUUUGAAUUUGAGGGGAAUGGGUUACCAAAGGGCAGUGUAUAAAUGCGCCCACUGUGGUGCCUAAAGAACAAAUAGCAAUUUUGCUUAGUUUGCUGAUUUGUGGAAAAAUUAUGUUCGACAUUUAUUUUCUAGAUUCAUUUUAAACUGGAAGAAUAUGCUCCACUCAAGAACAGUCUACAAUUUCAUUUUACUUUUAUAUUUUGAGCCAGAUGUUUAUGCUUUUCAAGUGAGGAAAAAAUAUUAACUGUUUCCUGAUGAAUCUUUCAAGAAAAAAUUAAUGAAACAUAUUGUUUCAACAUUUUUAUUUACAAAACCCUCUGAAAGAUUUCAUACCAAGUUAGUAAAUGUAUGUGCUCUUUUGGGAAUUUUUCAUUUUGAUCUUCAAAUUUUGCAGGGUUUAUUGUGCCUAAGGGUUUGUCAAAAUGUUGGCAAUUUUUAAAAGUUACGAUGUAAAUUAAGUUACCACAAAAGAUGUGGCCAGGUGUGCAAAUGUCAACGUGAGGCACUUGAGAAUGUGUGAGAAUUUGGCCUUAAUGUUGACUUAAGUUUUUGAUCUAUGCACACAGUCUGUUCUCCCGCCUUCCUUCCCUCCCAAUAAACUGUUUCAUGUCAUAGUCUUCCACCUUGGGGGCGCUCUACUUACAAAUUGGCAAAUGGCAGUCAUUUUUAAAGUCUUUUGACAAAUUUACCUAACUCCAUUUCUCAUUCUUUAUGUCCGCAAGGCCAUGUUAUUUUUUUUCUCAUUUGCUGCAUUUGAAAAUACAACAGAUUUUAUUAGUUUUUUGUACAAUGUUGAGUUGUGACUGCAUUACUGAUUUUUUUGUAAAUGUAGAUAUAAAUUUUCUACAGGAUUCAUAAAUCAUAAAGGUUGUACUUAAGAAAUCUUUUGUCUCAAGUGGAUCAUGGCUAUUUUUAUUUCCUGAAUGAUGAUCAGUGCUUGGGUAUCAGCAGUGUUGUGUAGAGGAAAGACCCUAAGCUACAGUAUUAGUUACCGUUGUGGAUUCGGAUGGUUGUGAUCUUGUCUAGUUUGCAUUUUAGAGAGUGAACGCAGUGUGAGAUGCUGCUGGGAGAGCCGGAAAAAAAGGGAAAUCUUUUGUACGCAAGUGCAGUUUAGGUCCUUGCAGACUUGUUUUUGUGUGAAAAGGUUAUUUUAGAAUUAGAUAAUGGGAAAGAAAUUUCCCUAGCGUAGAUUUCAGUAAUAUUCUAGCUUUUUUAUUUUGCACUCUUUUAAAUUUGUUUUAGAUUAAUCAGUUUUAUGUAGCUGGUGGGUUUUUUACUUAUUACAUGCCAAGAAGCAAAAUACAGUAGGCCAUUCAGGGUCUCAAAUAGGGUUUUGUUUUGAGAAGGUUUAAAUUUAUUCAAUGUUGCAAAUGCCUUGCUUUUAGAGUAGCAAUAAUUGUCAGUGUUGCUUCUGCAGUAUUUGUACAGGUUGUCUACGCUCUGUAGUUUUGUGCUGUUGUUUGUGUGAGUGUCUUGCACCAGCGUAUUAUUGCUGGUCUGAGGGCUUGAAGAAGUGGUCAGAACAAAUAUACGGAACAAGUACAUGGUCUGUGUUGUGGAAGAGAAUUGAAAACUCCUUGACAGGGAAAUACAUAUAAGGACGGACAGACAAAUAGACAGAGUGUGUGUUUAUAUGUUAUGCAUGUUUGUACAUAUGUGCAUUAGCGUGCAAGGAUGAGAAAUGUGGAUGUAUGAAUGGACAGGUAGACAGACCAUCUCUAUCUUUUUAUGCAAAAUAGUUUCUUUAUGAUUGGAUGUUGUUACGGGUGAAACUACUUUGUCAGGGCAAAGUGGACAACGGUGUUAUCUUAUUUAUGCAAACUUUGUUGUUCAUAAUCAUUUUCUGCUGCAGCAUUUUCAGUUCUCAGUGUAUGAGGUCGUAGGUCAACUUGUUGCCUUUGGCCUCGCCCCCCUCACUCCCCCAGCCACCCUUGUGGAUCACAGAAAUCCUGUCUUUUUUUGUCACUUUUGUUACUAUUGAACUGUUUUUAUAUUCAUGUUAUGAAAUCCCCUGUAAAGGAAAUGUGAAGCCGGUCCAAUGUUGUUUUUUUCUUCUGUAAGUAGUCCAGUGGUUCUGUACUUUCAGAACUAAAUUUGAGGACGUCUUAACUAGCCAACACCCUGCAUCAAGAACUAUUCAAUGAAAUAUUUGUUCAUUUUUACUCAGGAUUUUGUUUUUGACUAUCACCUCUUCAAAGAAAAUAAUAAGAUAUGGUUAUUCGUAGACAGCAAUAAAUGAGAUGUUAAUGGAUAAAGACAAAAUGUUCCAGUUGUACAAAAACUGAAGCUCUUUUCUCUUUUGUUAGAGAUAACAUUUUUUUAGACCGCAGAGUUCUACUGUUCUUAUUUUGCUGAAUGUUUAUUUAUGGUGUCUAUGUUCGUGGGGAUGUUUAUCCUGUCUAACGAGCAUUUAGAAUGAGCACGGGCCGUUUUUUUUGGAAAGGGGGAUUUCCUCAACAUAACUUAAUUGUGUCGGUUUUAUAGAGGUUUAGCUUUCGAGUCUCACUGUCAGUGCUGGGUGUCAUUGAAGGAGUUAAUUUAAUGUCUCCACCCAGGGUUUGGAGGAAGUGUUCAUGAUUUUGUCUCGCACCAGAGGAGUCUGGCUUGUUCUGGUUUUGGAAGCCAGUGCAACUUAGAAUUUAGAUUUGAACUGGUAUGUCUCGUCCAGAUGGUGAUUUAGAGAUUGUUAGAAAUGAUGUCUGUCUAGAGAAAAUAUGCGAACUACCAAGAGCUGAUCCUUUUAUUUUAUUUUCUACAAUUUUAGAGGAGCAAAAGCAAUACUAGUAUAGUCGUAUUAUUAAAAAACCCCAUUGAAUUAACUGUGAAUUUAAUAAGACAUUUCCCAAAUUUUAUGAACAGAUGCAGGGUGUUUCACUGUCCCGCUACCGUACAUCCUACUACUACAUGUAGGUGUCUCUCUGAACUUCUUCUUCUACUGAAUGGGAUGGUAAACAAAACUACGCAUUGUCGUUCUCACAUCAGUGGUAAUUCGACAGAGGGAUGGGCUUGGUGCAUUUGAUCAACGUUUUCAUAAUAAUACCAUCAGUGCAGGUUUAAAAGCACAUAAGGGAAAAACCAAACAUACAACGGAUCAAACCAAUUCUUCUUCUUCUCAACCUGCAUUUUCCUCUUUGUCCUCUUUGGUACUACCAGUUAAUUAAUUCUCCCCUUCCCCCGCCCCAUUAAAACCAUCAUAAUUUCAAGAACCUUGAAAGUUAUUAUUCAGUAAAGUUCUAGUUAACGUUGGCUCUUAUUGUUCAAUGGAGAUUUUGUUGUUAGCAACUUGCACUGAUGAGUACAAUGUAUGUGCAUUACUUCCUAUGGUCGUACCUCACAGACAUACCCUGCACAAAUCGAUUCCUUUUUUGGAACAAAUUCUGAUUGUGUUACAACCCUUGGCAUAGAUAGUGAUGUAAAUAAUUUAUUUAUGAGUUGUUUUGUUUUUUAGAGUGACCAUGUUGAGAGAUGGUGUGGCAGCCGUCAAACGAUGCAUAAAUUGGUUGUAAUUUAUUGCACCUACUUAAUGAUACAUACUAUUGGUUGAGAUGUCUGUUAUUGUAUAGUUGAAUUUUUUUAAAGCAAUGAAAUGAAUAAAUGACUAGAAAAGAA